AGCCGGGGUUUUCCAUUUGCAGUCAUUUUCUGUUUUUCGAGAGGGCGGGCCCUUUCGCCCGGCUCUUGGUUCCUGGUUUCUUAUAUAUAUAGGAAUAAGAAGACUCGGCUUGCGAGCCUUUCUGCGAGGCAUCGGAGGGGUCUGGUAACGUGAAGCACUUGCGUUUAUCACACUUCAUAUUAUCACUUUCUCCUCGUGACUCCCAAAUUGCAGCAUGGCUGCCUAAGUCCCUUGUAAGGGGCUCGACUUUGAAGCCUUGGAGAUAGUUUUGUGCAUGAAUAAAUUGUUCACAUUAUUUUCAUUAUGAAAGAGAACUUCUAAGAAAAUAGGCAUGGCUUGCUAUGUUAUCUUAGUUAAUAAGUAUAUAAGUAUAGAUUUUCCCUCUACAACACAGCAUUAUUGUGUUGAAUGUGAUAGUAAUUCAAUAAUAUUAAAGCAACCUGGUUGAAAUUAUUCCUGAAGAUUUAAUGGCAACAUUAGGAACUAAAUGAUCCAAGACAACCUAGCUUGUUAGUGCCCGAAGCAAGUUCAUAGUGGUUGGCAGAGAUGGCCAUUGUUUUAAUGUGGUCCUAUAUGGAGUUUUUUUUGAGUUGGAGAAAGGCCUUGAAGAUAGCCUUUGUGAGGAAAGAUGCAUUCGUUUUUAAAAGUUUUAAAAAAGAAGUUACAGAGAAAAUUGUCAAAAAACAUGUCUCUUACUGAAGUUUAUUCCUCAAUAUCAUAAAGUCUUGCAGUGAUGCUACCUUAUCCUGACCUGUUUUCCUUGGAUGCCCUUUUCUUUCAGUUGGGUUCAUGCCCAAGUGUGCAUGCUUAGGAUUAGUUUCUCAAUAAUUUCAAGGCCAUUUUCCCUCCCUCCCCCAUCACUUUUAACAUAUAAGGAAGAAUGUAGACAUUGUUGCUGAUAGAGAGAACUAAUAUUUUAAAUAAGGUUAGUUCUUGUAAAGAGAAGCAGUAGUUUGUUGAAAAUGUCAAAUUUUUGGACUAUUAAGAAAUUUUAAAUUGGUGUUUCAAAUAAGGAAUUGGAUAUAAUGUUUCACUUUCAGGUACUUAUUUUAUUAUGACCUGGAAGUUGAUCAGACUUGCUCAAAACUAUCUCCAAGGCUUCAAAGUCGUCCCCUUCUCCUGUCCUGUUUGAUCAUAAUGAACACUUUCGACACUUUUGCGGCCAAGCUGAAGAACGUUCCUGAUGUUGGUCAACUGAAGUAUGAUCUGUCGUGUGAACUCUUCAGGAUGUCUACAUUUUCAACAUUCCCUCUUCAUGUACCAGUGUCUGAAAGGAGUCUUGCCCGUGCUGGUUUCUAUUAUACAGGUGUGAAAGACAAGGUGAAAUGCUACAGUUGUGGGUUAAUGUUGGACAACUGGAAAAAAGGUGACAAUCCGCUGGAUAAGCAUAAACAACUGUAUCCUAGCUGCAGUGUUGUUCAGAAUCUUACUUCACUGAACAAUCUUGGGUCAUCAUUUUAUUCUGCCUUUUCACCGCCAUCUUUGUCUGUUGGACAUUCUUCCUCUCAUUCCCCACAACAAACACCAAAUUUGGACCAAGUUGGAUAUUUCAGUGGAAGUUUUUCCAGUGUUCCCCAGGAGCUGCCUAAGUUGACAGAAGGUAUUUCACAUGUGAGACCUAAAGUUGCCAACAGUGCAAUGAGCUCAGAGGAAGCCAGAUUGCUCACUUUCAAGACAUGGCCACUGACAUUUCUGUCACCUUCCUCUUUAGCAAAAGCUGGAUUUUAUUACAUAGGGCCUGCAGACAAGGUGGCUUGUUUUGUCUGUGGUGGUCACCUUGGUAACUGGGAGCCAAAGGAUAAUGCCAUGUCAGAACAUCGACGGCACUUUCCAACCUGCCCUUUUGUGGAACAAACUCAAAGCCAGCCUGGCUUCACAGUUUCCAAUUUGAGCAUGCAAACCUAUAGAGCUCGUGUUGGCACUUUCGAAAAUUGGCCGAUGACAGUUCCAGUUCUACCUCAGCGGCUUGCAGAUGCUGGCUUUUAUUAUGUUGAUACUGUGUACUUUUUUUUUAAAGGUCGCAAUGAUGAUGUCAAAUGUUUUUGCUGUGACGGAGGACUCAGAUGUUGGGAGUCUGGGGAUGAUCCAUGGGAGGAACAUGCUAAAUGGUUUCCAAGGUGUGAGUAUCUGAUUCACAGAAAAGGUCAAGAGUUUGUUCGAUGCGUUCAAGCAAGAUUCCCACAUCUUCUAGAACAGCUAUUAUCCACUUCAGAUAUCCCUGUAGAUGAAAAUACUAGUCCACCAAUAGUUAUUCGUUUUGAACCUGGUGAAAAUGGUUCAGAAGAUGAAGUCAUCAUGAAAACCCCUGUAGUUGAAGCUGCAUUGGAGAUGGGAUUCAGAAGACGAUUGGUCAAGCAGAUUGUUCAAAGUAAAAUCUUAAGAACUGGAGAGAGUUACAAAAGCAUAAAUGAUCUUGUGUCUGACCUCAUUGCUGCAGAUGAUGAAAAGAGGGAUGAUGAAAAGGAGCCUCAGAUGGAGGAAUCAACUUCAGAUCUGUCCUUAAUCAGGAAGAACCGAGUGGCAUUGUUUCAGCGCUUGACGUGUGUUCUCCCUAUUCUGGAAUGUUUAUUAGCAUCCAAAGCAAUAAGUAGUCUUGAAUACCAAGUCAUUAAACAGAAAACCCAGACCCCCUUGCAAGCAAGAGAAUUGAUUGAUACCAUCUUGGUGAAAGGAAACAAAGCUGCAAACAUAUUCAGAAACUGUAUACAAGAAUCUGAUCCUGUGUUAUACCAAGACUUAUUCGUGGAGAAGAAUAUGACGUAUAUUCCAGCAGAUGUUUCAGGCCUGUCUAUGGAAGAACAGCUGCGAAGACUGCAAGAAGAAAGAACAUGCAAAGUUUGUAUGGACAAGGAAGUGUCCAUUGUUUUCAUCCCAUGUGGCCAUUUAGUAGUUUGUAAAGAAUGUGCUCCUUCCCUUAGAAAAUGCCCCAUAUGCCGGGGAACAAUCAAGGGUACAGUGCGGACGUUUCUUUCAUGAAGAGAAUGUACUAUUUGUUACCUGAAGUGUUACCUGAAGAUGCCUUGCUGUCUAGUGACAAUAAAGCAGUCAAUGCUCGAUCACAGUUUUGGGGCCAUUUAGUGAGCUUCACAGAGUGUUGGAAUGGACUGUGAAUCCAGACAAAUAGGCCAUGUCAAAAUUAGACCUAUGGUGCCUAAUUGCAUGUUUCCUAAGACAGUGUGAUCAACUGUAUGCAUGUUAUUGCAGCUGGUGCCUUUCAAACAUUGCUAUGAGUGAUUUAUGAACCUUUUGGAAACUUUUGUGGAAGUGGCCUCCAAUAUAGUUUGACCUUGUUAACCUAAUACAUAUUUUGUAUGGGCAGUCUUUCUAUAAAUAAAAGUCUAAGCAUCUGCAGGAAGUGUUCUAGUUGUAUAAUAGAUUACAUAACUACCAAGGAUUUCAUAUUAUUUCUCACUAGCAUGUAUAUACAACAAAAUAAAUGGAAGGCUUAACUUUAAAAGAUACUUGUCUUUGUGAAAUAAAGCUGUUGGUAAAGUUUCAAGAAAAA